UGCCUGCAUCCUGGUGCGGUCGUGCUGUUGCGGGGCGCAACCGGUAGCGCGGAGCUCCGGGGCCUGGAGCAAUGUCGGGUGGCUGAGAUUGGAGCUGCGGAGUUGCUGUGUCGGUGCUCUGGUGUUUGCCGGUUGCGGUUCUGGUGCUCGGUGAGGGGUCAGGGAGGGACGCGGAGGGGGCGGUGUGGUCGGUGAAGCCGUGCUGCGUGCAGCCCCGGGGCUUGGAGCCGCGUGGGGUCAUUGAGCGGUGCUGUGCGAGGGGGCUGCGGCCGUAAUGUUCGGUUGGGAGCCCAGUAGGUAGCAGCUCUAUUAACUGAGUCCUCGGCCGGCCCUAAUGCCCAGCUGCGUGCGUGCUUCUCCUAGCCAGAGUGCCCAGAGCCCCAGCGGCUGUUAGUUCUGAGCAGCCUACUGGCUGCAGCCCUUGCUGCCCGCUCCUCGCAGCCUGCUGGCCUAGAGGUGGUUCGGCUGAGGCCCGGUGUUUGCAGCCCCGAUACCAAAUCCAGAUCGCAGAGCCUGACCGCUGAACCCCACCGCUGCUGCACCAUGCCGUGCCGCCGUGAGAUGCUGGCCCUGGUGGCCGUGCUGGGCUGGCUGCUGGUGCUGCUGCUGGACCUGCAGGUGCUGGCACUGCUGUGUGGGACCGCAGCAGUGCUGGGUGGGUGGCUGGGACCCCGAGCUCUGAGCAGGCCAGGCUGGAGGCUGCGCUUAGAGCGCUUUGCUGGAUCCUUGCGGCCGGCAGCACACAGCCCUGAGGCGGAGGAGCUGCUGGAGCAGGAGAUCAGCAGCACCGUCAGGAAAGUGGUGAGGGACUUCGUCUCCUCCUGGUACCGCACUGUCAGCAGUGAGCACGCCUUUGAGGCUGAGGUGGAGAAGGCCAUGAUGGGGCUGGCAGCUGAGCUGAGGCGGCGGAUGGCACGGGUUGACCGCCAGGCCCUGGCCCGCCGGCUGCUCCUGCUGUGCGGCCAUCACCUGCAGAGCUACCUGCAGGCCCUAAGGGGACACGGGCUGCUGUGGGAGGAGUACCGCCGGGUCGCGGGCCUGCAUCCAGCCCUCUGCAGCCCGGCGGCUGAGGUGAGCUAUGCCCGCGCCUCUGUGGAGCUGCUGCUGCGGGCUUUGGUGCCUUGGCCCCACCUGGAGACGCGGACAGGUCGCUUCGUGGUGGUGGAGCUGGUGGCCUGCAACGUGCUGCUGCCUGCCAUCAGAAAGAUGGCUGACCCCGACUGGAUCAACCUGCUGCUGGUUGGGGCCUUCCCCAGGAAGGCACAGGGCGAGGAGCCCAGCCCUGCAAUUCCAGUGCCAGACUCUCUGCCUCUCACAGUUCAGCUGGGUGCUGCCCCAGCUGUACCGCUUCUAUCCCCAUCACCUGGGCGAGAAGCAGGGGCUGGUGGUGAGGAUGGUGUGGAUGUGCCGUGUGAGCCACCCUGUAGUGAGGGGGUUGUCUUGAGGCCACGAGGCCUGGGCUUGCUGUUCCCUUAUGAGGGUUUGGAGCUGGAUUCUCCAGGCCAGGAUGUGGAGCUGCUGGCACCAUCACCUGCUGGGGAGUUUCUUGAUGAGCAUCUCCCUGAUGUUCCCGCUCUGUUGGAGGGAGCAGACACUUCAGAGGAUGGGAUGGGGGAUCUGGAGGAUGGCCAUACCACCAGUAGUGAUGCUGGACUGCUACUCCCAUCUGCUUAUGUUCUGGGCUCCUGCCCUGACAUCCAGAUUGAUCCAGUGAUGGAGACAGAGGAGGACAGUCCCAAGAAGUGCUCUGUGCAGCGGCCCUGCAGCUUGGGGAAAGAAUUGGGAACACCAGAGGCCCUGCCACAAAGCCCUUCAGACCCUGUUCAGCCCCUUCCCCUGCUUUCAUCCUCCCCGACUGCUCCCAUCAGCACCUUCAGCUUUGAGCCCCUCAGCAGCCCCGAUGGACCGGUGGUCAUCCAGAACCUGCGCAUAACCGGCACCAUCACUGCCCGUGAGCACAGCGGGACUGGCUUCCACCCCUACACCUUGUACACCAUCAAGUAUGAGACAGCCCUGGAGGGUGAGGUUGCAGGCAGCCUUCAGCAGAUGGCCUACCACACUGUGAACCGCCGCUACCGGGAGUUCCUCAACCUGCAGACCAGGCUGGAGGAGAAACCGGAGCUCCGCAAGUUCCUGAAAAAUAUCAAAGGACCAAAGAAACUGUUCCCUGAUCUCCCAUUUGGAAAUAUGGACAGCGAUAAAGUGGAAGCCAGAAAAAGUCUGCUGGAAUCUUUCUUGAAGCAAUUGUGUGCAGUCCCUGAGAUUGCAAACAGUGAGGAGGUGCAGGAGUUCCUUGCUCUGAACACGGAUGCCAGGAUUGCAUUUGUCAAGAAGCCCUUUGUUGUCUCCAGGAUAGACAAGAUAGUUGUAAAUGCCAUUGUGGACACCCUGAAGACAGCAUUCCCCAGGUCAGAGCCCCAGAGCCCCACAGAGGAUCUGAGUGAGUCUGAAGUGGAUGGGAAAUAUCAGCCAGAUGGGAAGAAGGCAAACAAGUCCAGGCUGAGGUUCCCAUCCAGCAAAAUCACUCCAGUGCUGAGUGUGAGUGAAGCACAUGACAGGAUUGUGUACUCCGUGAGGGAGGGCAGUGCUGUCUCUGGCACGCUGUCACUGGCUGCUAUGGAGUCCUUCAUCCAGAAGCAGGAGAAGCUGCUGGAAGCAGUCCCCAGCAAAGCUCCUGAGGGUGAGGGGAGUGAAGAAGCCAAGGAAAAAUGUGUGCAGGAGGAUACAGAUGGGCUGAACACGUUGGAGCAGGGAGCACAUCUGGACACGGACUCUGAGACUGCUUUGGCUGACCUGGCCCUGGACUUGCUGCGUUUGCUGCUGAUGGAUCACUGGAGCUGGCUGUGCAUAGAGAAUAUCCAGAAGGUCUUCCACCUGCUCUUUGGGACCCUCAUUCAAAGGUGGCUGGAAGUCCAGGUGGUCAACCUGACCUGCACCCAGCGCUGGGUGCAGUACCUCCAGCUGCUGCAGGAGUCCAUCUGGCCUGGAGGAGUUCUGCCAGAAGUGCCCAAACCAGCCAGGACAGAGGAACAGAAGAAAGCAGCUGCAGAGCAGGCCCUGCAGAGCCUGAUGGGGAUCUUGCCUAGUGAGUGUGUCCCAAAGAUGUCACCUGCCAUUGAGGAUGUGGUCCAAGAAAUCCUUGGAACCGAUAAGUGUCGCAUGAGCUGGAGCCUGGUGCUGGAGUCCUUGGGCCAUCCUGUUAUAAACAGGCACCUGGUUUUCUGCCUCUUGGACAUUCUGCUGGAGUUCUUGGUUCUGAAAGGCUCCAGUGAUGAGCUGGAGACUGCAACUGUCGUGCCAUCUGACUCUAGUGGUCUGGAGAAAGCAGGUGGUGCAGCACAUUAACAAGGGCUGGUGUAGCCAGCAGUGAAGGAGAGAAGCCACAGUCAUGGGCUGAUUUAAUUUUUGAUGCUUACUGAACAUGUCUGGGAGCUUCUUGUUAAGAAUUCUUCCAGCUGUAACUAAAUGAGGCUGCUUCCAGGCUUCUCUGUUUUGUCUGGGUGAUGGAUUAGACCCAGUGUCGCUGGCUGAUGAGCUCUUUCUGCCAUGUAGAACCUGUUCCAUUGCUGAUCUGGUGGAGAGCCUGGGCUGAAGCUUUCUGACUUCUGUGCAGCUGGAUGGUCUGAGAAGGAUGUGCAGGCUGCCCACAGAUGCUGCUGGAAUGUCAUGUCCUGCCCAUGUGCCUGACCAGUCCUAAUGUAUAAAGGCAGAUGGCACACAAGCUUUGCUUCUGUGACUUCAAGCUCCACCUGGCACUGGCAUGCAGAGAUGUGGUGUGAUGGUAUCUAGCUGACAGGUGAUGGGAAGGCCAAAUGCUGUCCCUGCUCUCUCUAAGCAGCCUGCCCUGUGCCAUCUGUUUUACCAGAAGGAAGAUGGGGAGUGGAUGGAGUGUGAUGACAUCAGCCACGGAGUCAGCCAGGAACUCAUCCCUGCAUCCCACGUGAUUGGGAAGCUGGAAGACAAGCUGUCUCCUUGCUGCCACGCUGACACAGUCUUGUUCUGGCAUCUUUUGCUGACUGAAUAUCAAGAGGCAAGUUGGGUAGACUGAUCCUAGGAAAGAGAACUGUUCCCUUGCCUUGAAGAGGACUGGUAACUUAAGUGGACUUCAGGAUGACUGUGUAUUUUGCCUGGUGGGUCAUAGUUCAGUCCCACAGACAUUCACUUGGAGGGCACAGGAGAGAAGGAGCUGACCUCUGUGUGGCACACAGCACAUAAAUUGUGUCCUGCACAGUGCUCCUCACAGCGAGCUCCGGGAGAGGAGUGAACACCUCUAAGGCCAGAAGGAAUGCUGAAUGUGUGCCAGGGGGUGUCAGCUGUUAAAUGGCCUUCAGAGCAGCACCUUACCUCUGCCAGACCAAUGACAAGGACCUGGAAAGUGCAUGCAAGCAGACCUGUCUGUAUUUCUGCCAGGAUGUGGAUCACUGAACUGAUCAGUGCAGGACUUUGCAAAUCAAGGAGAUGCUGCUCCUGGUGUUCUCAACAGAUUAAAGCACUGGAAAGAGGAGGCAUUGCAAGAGGAAAGCAUGCAAGAUCUCAGCUAAUUUCCAUGUUACUGUACCAAGUGGUGCUUUUCAUGCAGUUUCUUGAAGCGCUGAGAUCAUGUAAUGUGAACAUGUACACUACUGGCAGCAGAGCCUCUGCCCUUCCCAGAGACAGCUGCUUAAUGAUGGACACAUGGCUGUGUUUCUUCAUGCUUCUGGUGUGUGUCUGCCUGCCUGUGUUGUGCAAUAAAUACUGGGAAGGAGUA